CAGAUCUCUCUUUAUUUAUCUCUUCCUAAGUGAACUACAGUGUAAAUAUUUAUCACUUUAUACUGUAGAGAGAGCGAGAGAGAGAAUAAGGGUAGUUUCAUCCAGACUCCUUAGAUCCACUUUUAGCCACUGUUACUCAAGUAGAGGGUGUUUAAAUCAAUGGCUGUCUGCCUAAAAUUUCUGAAGGCCAACAUGGUGGUAAAUUAACAGGUAAUUACAAAUCUCAAAAUAACAUCGAGAUCUACAGACCUCCCUCUGCUUCUGGAGAUGUGGUGCAUGGAUAAACAGUAAGAUAAUAAGAUGAACUCUAACAGAAAUAGGAUCUAUGAAAGGGUCCCUGUCAAAAAAAGAGCAAAGCUGUUAUUCUGAAAGACCACAGACAAUCUGAAGAGUUUUGGAAGCUUGUUUUCUAGAUAGAUGAGUCCAAAACUAAAACCAUUUUGACAUGACAAGGGGCCUCGUGCUCAGUGAAGAGCCGGCCUGUCCUAUCACAAAAAAACAUAUCCUUUCUGUCAGGCAUGGUAGAGGAACUGAAUUAAUCAUAUAGAUGGAUAUAUAUUCAUGGCAUUUUUCACGACAGCAUAGAUGGAUAAAACUUCAUGACAUUUUAAAAUUAGAUAUCAUUCUGAAGUCAUGUCUUAAGAGUGAGGACAUCUUACACACCAAAAAGUAAGUUGACAAAUAAAACUGACUUAUUGGAAACAUAAUCUUCCUGUAUUUGGUACCUUGACUAAAUUUGUCUAACAUUGUCACUGAAUUCUUAAGAAGAAUGUUAGGACAACUUAAGUUUGGCACAAAUGGAGCAUUUCGUCAUGACAUUGAUCCUAAACAUUCAAAUAAGUUCACUAAAGAAGAGAUGCCAGCACAAUGCCAGAGACUGAUCAUUGGUCAGUUAUUGCUUCUAAAGGAGGUGCCAAAAAUUAUUGACUGUAAUAAUAAAUAGUUCAUUUACACCAAGGAUAUUUGGUGAUUUUGUUAAGAAUCACACUAAUUGAGCACAAAAUGCUUUUUUUUUUUUUCUUUUCAUGUGUGGGAAUUCAUAUUCAUAUAAGCAAAUUUCAUAUCCGUUACUGUUUGGACACUAAAUAUAAUUUCCUUGUCUUAAUGACAUUUUGAUAAAGGCUUAAUGUUGGAAUGUAAUUAGUGAAGUUAAAGUGCAAGUAGAAAUUUAUUUCUGAAGCAAAAUGUAUGGUUAAUAGUUAGCUUUUUUUAAUUAAAACAAAUUGUUUCAUUUAAAAUUAAAUGUCUCAAACAAGUUUAAGAGAAGCAGUGAAGAACUCAGCCUGUUUGAGAAUUUUAAGGAAAUCCUCCUGGGUGAAGAUUCUCACAAAGCUUCUUGACACGAUGCCAAGAGUUCCCAAUGCGUAAAUGUGAAUACUGUUAAGAAUUUAAAAUAUAAAGUACUUUCCUUGGUCAUUGCAUAAUUGCAUGUGUGUUAUUUCACUGUGUUAAAGUCUUUAUUAUUAUUCUAACUGGUAGACUACACCUACCAGUUAUGUGUAUGUGCAUUAAGAGGUUAGAUUAAUAUGAUGUAAAAAGCUUUCAAGCACCACUGCAUAUUUUAACAGAUAUAUUGUUACAGUAUAGAUACACCCUGUGUGUUUGGCUUCCUGUACUGAUGAGGAUGAGACCAAGAGCAGGAAGACCUGACUCUGCUGCCAUGGAGACAAACAGGAAGUGGUCGUAUGAAACUUGGCGUGUGAGAUGUGUGUAGAGAGAUAAAUGCUGAGUUUGCGCUACGUUGCUGAAAUGAAGUGGAACAUAGCUGCAGGCCAGUAGAGAUCCACUGAUAGGAAAAUUCUCUAUCAAUACUGAUAUGGCUGUUUUCACUGACUGAUUUGAAUAAGUGGCUCUUUACACACUUCCACUUUACAAAAUCUCCAGUGUCACAACAAUUUCAGGAACAUCUUUGGUAAAAAAUGUUUUGUUUUUUUUCACCACCACAACUUUAGCGUCUGUGUGUUUUCUCACCAGUGGCUAAACUUGAUGCUUCGUCAUUCAUUCAUUCAUUCAUUCAUUUUUUUAAAAAAUUUAUUUAUUGUGCAUUAAAAGAUGACAUUAUUUUUAGUGCAUUUUACAUCUUGAAGUUAAUUCUUACUUGGCGACUUUCUUUUCACACACUUUAAUGUGCCCCACUCCCAUAAUGCUUCCUGUUAUAUUAAUGAAUUAAACUUGAUUGUCUGAACUGCUGUGUAGGUUGUCUAAUCAGAGUUUCAUGACUAGUUGGUGGCAUACUGUUUACCCAAGAUGAUUUCACAUUAAGCAAUAUGUUUUCCUGAUUAGAUUAAAGCCUAUUUUCAUAAUACUCAAUGAUGGAUCCGCACUUCCACAUCUUUCUUUCUGCUGCGCCCUUUUUAAUACCAGCCUGUACGUAGACCAACAGAGAGCACAAGUGAUUUCAUGUUUUCAUUUUCUGACUUUAUACUUCCUGCACAUUAAUUGAAGUAUCUCAGUCUAAUAAUGAUGAGCCUUGAUUCUAAGGCAAAAUAAUGAAACUGCUGAACACAAGCUCAGCUGAAGUGAGGCUGAAGUGAGGAUGAAAAUCUCAUUAAGAGCUUCACAACAUAUCAAGGAAAUGUUGGAGGUGGUAAAGAGCAAAACUGGGUAUAAUUAGAUUUUCAGAAAAUAGAAGUCUGACAGUGGUGUUGAUGCCCCACAAUGCAUUAAGUUCACAAGGGUCCUAUUCUUAGUGUCUGCUUAGCAUUAUGACCUAUAAAUAGACACUUCGUGGAAAACAUUGGCCUGUUUCAUGACUUAUUCAUCUAAAUGUAGCACUGUAUGGCCACCAAACUGUACAUUAAAGCUUUCCAGUGAUGAGAGCUGCAUUGCCUUAUGCAGGCAUACACAGGAAUUAGUUGUGGUCCUGAGUCCACUGUUAUUGUAGACCCUUUUGUCCAUUCUGGAGGAGGACACCAAGGUGAGCACUGUUGGCUUGUGAAAGCCAACACUGAGCAGAGUAGGCUUGUGAAAUUGUGCGUAAUGUGCAAUCAUCCUGUCGUGCCCCCUAACUAUCGGUGAUUGACUAUAGUAUCGCCUGUGGUUCUGAGGGGAAAAAAGAAGGGGCACGUUAUGUUAUUACUGCAGGAAAAAUACUAGAAGCUGGUUGAGUCAGCUGUUUGUAUAUGAUACAAAAUUUGCAAUCAUGAGACACUUUAUUUUUGUCCAUCUUAAAGCUGCAGGCACCACAUUUUCCGACAGACGUUUAAAUCAACUUGAUGGACAUUGCAGUAGUUGGAAACUAUUGGCAAUUCCCGAUGCUAUCGUCAGUCAUCCCAAGCCUGCUGGACAGAUGGACAGAUUACUUCUGAGAUAAAUGAGUUAAGUCAUGUUCAAAUCCCCAUCAUGCUGAUGCCUGAUGACUUCAAGGCCUAUUCGAAGAUCAAGGUGGACAACCACCUGUUUAACAAGGAGAAUAUGCCAAGCCACUUUAAAUUUAAGGAGUAUUGCCCUCUCGUUUUCCGUAAUUUGAGAGAAAGGUUUGGCAUUGACGACCAGGACUUCCAGAACUCUCUGACACGCAGCGCACCUCUUGUUAGCGAGGCUCAGGGUCGUAGCGGUGCCCGCUUUCACACCUCCUAUGACAAGAGAUACGUCAUUAAGACCAUCAGCAGUGAGGACGUAGCCGAGAUGCACAACAUCCUUAAAAAAUAUCACCAGUAUAUUGUGGAAUGUCACGGUACCACCCUGCUGCCUCAGUUUCUGGGCAUGUACCGCAUCACCGUAGACGGAGAUGAAACCUAUAUGAUUGUCACGCGCAAUGUCUUCAGCCAUCGCCUAUCCGUCUAUAAGAAAUAUGACUUGAAGGGAUCUACUGUUGCUAGGGAGGCCAGUGACAAGGAGAAGGCGAAGGAGCUGCCUACAUACAAGGAUAAUGACUUCAUCAACGAUGGACAGAAAAUAUACAUCGAUGAGGAAAAUAAAAAGAUAUUUCUUGAGAAGCUCAGGAAGGAUGUGGAGUUCCUGGCGCUGCUGAAGCUGAUGGACUACAGUCUGCUGGUGGGGAUCCAUGAUGUGGAGCGAGCAGAGCAGGAGGAAGUGGAAAGUGAGGAUAAUGAAGGAGAUGAUGAAGGAGAGAGUGAUGGAGGGAUUGUUGGAACACCUCCAGACAGCCCCAGCAACACUCUGGACAGCACCAAACCCCUUUCACCGGGAGACUUUGACCCUACUAUUGAUGUCUACGCAAUUAAAAGCCACGACAACUCUCCUCGGAAAGAAGUCUACUUCAUGGCUGUCAUUGACAUACUGCAACAUUAUGAUGCCAAGAAGAAAGCAGCUCAUGCAGCCAAAACAGUCAAGCAUGGAGCUGGAGCAGAGAUCUCUACCGUGAACCCAGAGCAGUACUCUAAGAGAUUCUACGAUUUCAUUACCACCAUUCUGCCCUAAACUGGAGCAAAAUGCACAGGGGUCAAAGAGGGACGCUGAUGGAGGGGUGCCCAAAUGCACUCACCCACCCUUACAGCAGCUACAACCACCAUUCGUUUACAUUUUCUUUUUUUUUUAUUUGUUCUUUGCUGUUUUGUGGGACCAUAAGUGUGAUGAAACAGUAACAAGUGUAAAUCUUUGUGGGAGCUAUUUUUUUCAAUGCAUGUCCCUCAUGGCAUUUUUAUUUCAUAUGUGUUAUUUUGCCUUCCUUUUAAGUGAAAGGAGGAGAGCGAGAGAGAGAGCAAAUGUGAUGGUGUAUGUGGCUCAGUGAAUGGACAUUUACAUGUAGAAUGAAGUCACUCAGAACGGAGGCUGAGAAGAAAAGGAGCUUUCAACGGCUGUAGAAUUCACAACUUCAGACACAAAGGAAAUGUGAAGCUAUUCCAUGCAAAAAUCAUUCACCCACCCCAAUUUAUCACAUAUUGCUCUCCUUUUCUUGUUUUUUUUUUUUUUUUUACAUGCUUUUUUCCAGAAACCACAUUUCAUCAGUUCGCCCCUGCUCAUCUUCCCCAUUUAAACCUAAAUCUACCCCCUAAUAUAAACCUACCCCUCUUCCACCCAUGCUUCAUUCUGUCAUGCUCAUGUACUUUGUUUAAACCAAAUCUACCCUGUUUUUGUCUUUUAUUUGUGUUUCUAGUUAAAAGCUGCAGCACUUGUAGAUGAACGUACUUUCAUGAUGUUAAUUAACACGACAUCUCUUUACGUUGAUUCUCUGAAAUCAUAGCUCUCCUCCUCUGAACAGACUGACUGCAAAGAAAACGCUCCUGAGCUCCAUUCACGUUCACGAAGGAAUGCACCUUCUGACUCUUGCAUGUUCCUACAGUGUUUCACACGAGUGUGUGGUGGUGUUUUAUUUUCUUUGUCUUUUUUUUUUUUUUUUUUUGUGGUGUGUUUUUUAAAUGACCGGUAGGAGGUUGAGAUGAUUUGUCAUCAUCAUGAAAGGGCGUUCUAAUGAACUAAACAGAAGCAACAGCAUUGGUGGCAAUCACUUCAGUCUGUAAAAUCUGUUAUGGGAAUGAUCUUUCACUUGCCAUCAGCACCUUAAACUGUUGCACUUUUCUUUUUUUUUUUUAAAAUUAGGAUCUUUUGGUCUGUUACAUACUGCAACAAUAGCACUAUGAGGCACUAUUGAAUGCAGCCCGUGGAUUUGUGUCGUCACAAGUAUGCUUGUUCUAGGCAGAAAACCCAUAGUUUACCUCUUACGUCAUUUAAACAAAUACACACUCAUUGCUGUAAUGUUACAGUGUUCAUUGGGGGAGUUUGAGAAAAGGAGGAUGGGGAUCCUGUGUGUAGGCUAGUGAAAUUUUCUUUUGCCAGUUUUGUAAACCUUUACGUUUUAAAUUGGCAGUCGAGUCAACAGUGUAUUGUAUAUUUUGCACAUAAUGAACCAGAAGUUGAAAUAAUCCCUUUGGUUCGGUAGAGUGGUAUUUACAGGGGGGGAAAUGCCACACCUGUACAAAAUGGUCUCAGAACUGAUUCAUAAGAAUUCGAGUCGACUCUUAGGAAAGGUAAUGAAUUGUUAAGCGUCAUGUUUUCUUGCUUCAUUCAUAUAAAGCCCUGCGGAAUCGCUAGAAUUUCUAUGAAUUUUGCAUGAAAUUGGUGUUGCUGGUAUUGAUCUGUUGAAACAUGUUCACACCAUCUAGAAAGUUAUGACUCUUUAGAAUCAGCAUUUUCUUGUGUGUUGAUUUAAUUGAAAUUUUUUAAUGAAAUGCACAGUUUUUAUUUGCAUUUUAAGCAGCACAUCCCUGUCGAGUGAAGUGUUCUGAUAAAUGAAGAAUGUUACUGUUUUGAAUUGUGCAGUACUGUAAAAAGUUUUUUUUUUUUUUAAAUAAUGCAUGUUGCAUUUCUUUUCCCUGUUCAGCCUGAAGCCGUGUAUAACCGCCAGAUCUCCUAAAAGAAGAAAAACAAACACAAAAAUGUACGCUUCUACCUGCUUUAUACUGUGUCAGCAAUGUAUACACUGUGCAAGAGUCGUGCCUUUUUACUCCAAAUUAUUUAAUUUUGUAUUCUUAAUCUGUUUGAUUUUUUUUUCCAAAUGUAAAAAUUUUAUUUUCUAAUAUCUUUGUGGUUGGAAAAAAAAAUCCCAGGCUUUUUUUUUUUGUUUGUUUGUUUGUUACCUGUUGUUUGGCUGUGUAUGGGCAAACAGCUUUUGUGUUUUUGAGAAUAACACUUUAAACCAUUAACACC